AUGGCCGAGGAAAAGCAGCUCGACAAAGGACCCAUUUGGCGUGAAUCGGCAAGUUUAAUAAUAUGUACGAAAAACCCCAAGAAGACAGAUGGUUAUGAUUAUAAUAUCCUGCUCAUAAAACGUUCCGAUAAAACUGCAAUUUCGACAAAUCAAGGUGUAUUCCCUGGCGGAAUAUUUGAUGCUGCCGAUGAAAGUAUUGAAUGGUUAAAAUAUUUUCAAGAAUUUGGUAUAACUCAAGAUGAGCUAAAACAAUUGGUAGUUGUUGAUACUAAAACAGAGAGACCCAAGAUUUUAGCUCCCCAGGGCACUGGGUGUUAUGAUCGAUUUUUUAAGAGUAAUAAAAUAUGGGCUAGAGAAAUUUCCCUACGCAUUAAUGCCAUACGAGAAACAUUCGAAGAGGUCGGAAUACUAUUAUGCCGCAAUAAACAUCAAUUACAUUUGCCGGUUAAUGAAGGUUAUUAUAUGGAGCUGGCGGAUAAAAAGGAGUGGCAAAAAUCGGUACAUGAUAAUCCAUUGAAUUUUCUUAAAAUGUGUCGUGAACUGCAAGUAGUUCCCGAUUUAUGGGCUUUACAUGAAUGGUCUUGUUGGGCAAGUCCAGCUGUCAUACGUAAGGGCUAUGAAACUGCAUUCUAUAUAACAUUUUUAAAUGAAAAGCCAACAAUAUUGUGUGAGGUAUCCGAAGUUAAGGAACAUUUGUGGCUACCACCCUCAAUAAUUUUGGAUAUGGUUAAAAAUGGUGAUAUGUUCUUUAUGCCUCCGCAAUUCUAUGAAAUAUCACGUUUUAUGCCAUACAAAUCAUAUGAUUUCCUCAAGAACUUUGCCAUCGAGCGUAGGGGUAAAGGUGUGGCAAUUAAUCACCCGAUUUUAUAUUUAUGUACCGAUGGACCUGUAUCAAUUUUACCAGGAGAUGAAUUCCAUGUUGGUUGCCCCCGUCUGGCAACAACAUAUCGUACCGUUGACUUUUCCGUCGAGGAAUUUCGUUUACAUUCGAAACUUAUUCACCGUUUAGAGAAUUUAAGUUCCGCCGAUGCUGUGAUAUAUAUGAAUUUUGAACCAUUGGAUGGACAUUUGAAACCGUUGUGUGGUUUCGAGGGAAAACAUAAACUUUAG